AUGAGUAAUUACCGUAGGGAUGACCGUGGUAAUGAAGAUCACCCCGUUUAUUCCCGAUUAUUUGUGUGUUGUGAUCGCAACAUUAAAGAACCCCAAUUGCGUAAGGCCUUUGAACCAUUUGGCACCGUUGAAGAAGUCCGAAUUCCAAUUGAUCAUAACAGCGGUGAGCCUAAAGGUAUAGCGUUCAUUAAAUUUGCAAAAACAUCCGAAGCUGCCUUCGCUCUAGAAGCAUUACACGGUCAAUCGAUAGAAGGUUCAAUACGAAAACUCAGAAUCCUGGUAGCCACUAACAGAUGUCAUUAUCAAGAUGAUAAUGAUGCUGAGAAAUAUAGGCGUUUGUUUAUAAAUGUGUCCAAGGAUAUGACUGAAAAUUAUCUCUCUGAAUAUUUCAAGCAAUAUGGGUAUAUAGAAGAUGUUCUAAUACAACGGGACAGAGACACUGGUGUCCCUAGGGGCUUUGCAUAUGUUAAGUUCAGAUUAUUCUCAGAAGCUGCUCGGGCUUUCGAAGAAUGCGAUAGACGUUACAGAGCAAUAUUUGCCUCGCCAAAGUUUAGUAGAAAGCCGGAAACUACGUUUGAAAGCAACAUCAAUACACUAGCAUCCUGUAACUCAAUUGUUACUAUGAUGAAUGUUAGACCAAGAGGUUUUACAAAGCUUCAUUUCAUGUGCAGUCCAUAUCUCUUGGAAAUGCAUGCAUCUAGGUUAUUCAAUAUUAUUCCUGGCAUGAUUUACUUCAAAUUUGUGUUUGAUAUUGUUAGGAAUUUCAGCAAAGGAUAUGUUGAAUAUUCUAAUCCGAUAUGUGCACAGUAUGCCCUUGAGACAUUGAAUGAAUUUGAAUACCCACCAGGCCAACGAAUAUUUGUUAAGCCAGCCAACCAUAAUUUUGAUAAUCGGGAAGAGACAUCUUUUAACAUUCCCAAUGCUGUUGAUAAACUGAAGAAUGCUAUUAAUGUAGCCAAAACUUCAGACACUCCGGAUUUGGCUAAACUCGCUGAAGCUGUUGCGGAGGCUUCAAAAAUAAUCAAAAUGGCCACUGCUGGGGUAGCAGAUAAUAAUAUACCAGAUGCUAAUGACUUGAAUUACUGUAGUGCUAAGUUGCCACCUCGACAGCCUUUAGCUGAUAUUGAUGCUCUAGUUGGUAAAAGGUUGUUCUUGAUUUGCAAGCCUCAACCCCCACCCCUAACAGUACUACGCGAUAUCUUCUGCCGUUUUGGCAAUCUCAUUAGUGUUUAUACACUUCCGAAUAAGACGGUAGGUUACGCGCGCUACACUACUGUAGAAUCCGCAGAUAAUGCGAUGAAGACAUUGCAUGGAGCCGAGAUCUGUGGUGUAAGAAUUAAGGUAGUCGAGGCAGAAGACGAAGUCCCUAGUAAGCGAACACGUUUUGAAUAG